AUGAGAGCUCACACCUUGAUGCGACGGCCAGUCCGCGCGUUUACGAACCUUUCGCGCACUUCAAUUCGAUUGCAGUCGACGACACCGUUUGCCCAACGAUGCCUCUUCAACACUCCACUCACUUCCAACAGCAGCCCCCUUCCCCGGUUUCCGCUGAGCGGACGGUGGGAGCCCCGGAGGUGUCUAGCAACUGCAGCAGAGAUCCUUGAGAAAGCCGCCAACCCUGAGGAACUCACAGAAGCCACAAUUAUAGAAAAUAUGAAGCCAGAUGAAAUGAAACACAUGUCACGAAUGCGAAACAUUGGAAUUGCUGCACAUAUUGACAGCGGAAAAACUACUUCGACGGAGCGAGUCUUGUUCUACACCGGACGUAUUAAGGCUAUCCAUGAGGUCCGUGGGCGUGAUUCCGUUGGCGCAAAGAUGGACUCUAUGGAUCUCGAGCGUGAGAAGGGAAUUACAAUCCAGUCAGCGGCCACCUUCUGUGACUGGGUCAAGAAAGAGAAUGGCAAAGACGAAACCUACCACAUCAACUUGAUCGACACCCCUGGACACAUUGAUUUUACAAUUGAAGUCGAAAGAGCUCUUAGAGUUCUUGAUGGUGCCGUUUUGAUUCUUUGUGCUGUUUCCGGUGUCCAAUCACAGACCAUGACUGUUGAUCGACAAAUGAGAAGAUACAAUGUUCCCCGAAUUUCGUUCAUUAACAAAAUGGACCGCAUGGGCGCAAACCCUUUCAAAGCAGUGGAUCAGAUCAAUCAGAAACUUAAGAUCCAUGCUGCUGCUGUGCAGGUGCCAAUCGGAAAAGAGGACGAGUUCAAGGGCGUUGUCGAUUUAAUCAGAAUGAAGGCAAUCUACAACGAAGGAUCCAACGGCGAAAUCAUUGUUGAGAAGGAUGAAAUUCCAGAAGAUCUCCUAGACGUUGUUCAGGAGAGACGAAACAAACUGAUUGAAACCCUCGCUGAUGUCGACGAUGAGAUUGCUGAAAUAUUCCUAGAUGAGAAAGUACCAACUCCGGAGGAGAUCAAAGCAGCUAUCCGCAGAGCCACUAUUUCUCUAAAGUUCACUCCUGUUUUUAUGGGAUCUGCGUUAGCUGACAAGUCCGUUCAACCCAUGCUUGAUGGUGUCUGCGACUACCUCCCCAGCCCUGCGGAAGUCCCCAAUUUGGCUCUUGACCAGAAGCGAAACGAAGCUUCUGUCAAGCUUGUUCCAUAUGCCGAUCUUCCUUUUGUCGGACUGGCCUUCAAGCUUGAAGAGAGUAACUUCGGCCAGCUUACUUACAUUCGUGUAUACCAGGGUACCCUGCGAAAGAGCAUGAACGUGUUCAACGUGAAGAAUAACAAGAAAAUAAAGGUUCCACGGAUCGUACGAAUGCACUCAAAUGAGAUGGAGGAAGUUUCAGAAAUUGGACCCGGUGAAAUAUGUGCUGUUUUUGGUGUUGACUGUGCAUCUGGUGAUACGUUUACGGACGGAAAAUUGGGAUACACCAUGUCUUCCAUGUUUGUGCCUGAGCCCGUCAUUUCGUUAUCCAUCAAGCCCAAGAGCUCCAAAGAUCUGGCCAAUUUCUCCAAGGCUAUCAACCGUUUCCAACGAGAAGAUCCUACAUUCCGUGUUUACUUUGAUCCGGAGAGUGAGGAAACCGUCAUUUCAGGAAUGGGUGAAUUGCAUCUCGAUAUUUACGUUGAGCGCAUGCGUCGUGAAUACCGUGUCGACUGCGUCACUGGAAAGCCUAGAGUGGCGUACCGUGAAGCCCUUGGAAAGCGUGUCGACUUCGAUCACCUGUUGAAGAAACAGAGUGGUGGUCCUGGUGACUAUGCCCGUGUCGUUGGUUGGCUAGAGCCAUCUCCAAAGCUUGAAGUUAAUGAGUUCGAGGAACAAAUCGUUGGUGGAAGCAUAUCGGAGAAGUUCUUGUACGCUUGUGAAAAGGGUUUCAACUUGGCCUGCGAAAAGGGUCCUUUGAUCGGCCAUAAAGUCCUCGGCACGAGGAUGGUCAUCAAUGAUGGUGCUACCCAUAUGACUGACUCUUCCGAAAUGGCAUUCAAGAAUGCAACCCAGCAAGCCUUUAGGAAGGCCUUCAAAGAGGGCGAGCCUCAUAUCCUUGAACCUCUCAUGAAGAUCGUUAUCACCGCCCCAACAGAAUUCCAAGGUGAUAUCAUCGGUCUGCUGAACAAGCGCAAUGCCAUAAUCAACGAUACCGAAACAGGUGUAGAUGAAUUUACCAUCUUCGCUGAUUGCAGUUUGAACAGCAUGUUCGGCUUCAGCAGCCAUUUGCGAGCUGCCACCCAGGGUAAAGGUGAAUUUACCAUGGAAUUCAGUCAUUACGAGAAGGCUCCCGGUCAGCUCCAGUAA